GCACAGUCAGAUGCCAGUGAAAUCGACAGGACUGGAAACCUACAUUCCUUAGUAAUGAAGAGUUUUACACAGUUAAUGUUGGAGGCUCUUGAUGGUUUUUUUUUAGCAAUCAUGACAGAUGGAAGCAUAAUAUAUGUAUCUGAAAGUGUAACUCCAUUACUUGAACAUUUACCAUCUGAUCUUGUGGAUCAAAGUAUAUUUAAUUUUAUCCCAGAAGGGGAACAUUCAGAAGUUUAUAAAAUAUUGUCAACUCAUCUGCUGGAAAGUGAUUCAUUAACACCAGAAUAUCUGAAAUCAAAAAAUCAGCUUGAAUUCUGUUGCCAUAUGCUCCGAGGAACAAUAGAUCCAAAAGAACCACCUACAUAUGAAUUUGUGAAGUUUAUAGGAAAUUUCAAAUCUUUGAACAAUGUAUCCAGUUCAUCACACAAUGGUUUUGAAGGAACCAUACAACGAUCCCAUAGGCCUUCAUAUGAAGACAGGAUUUGUUUUGUAGCUACUGUUAGGUUAGCUACACCUCAGUUCAUUAAGGAAAUGUGUACUGUUGAAGAGCCCAAUGAAGAGUUCACAUCUAGACAUAGUUUAGAAUGGAAAUUUCUCUUCCUAGAUCACAGGGCACCUCCCAUAAUAGGAUAUUUGCCAUUUGAAGUUCUGGGGACAUCAGGGUAUGAUUACUAUCAUGUGGAUGACCUAGAAAAUUUGGCAAAAUGCCAUGAACAUUUAAUGCAAUACGGGAAAGGCAAGUCCUGUUACUAUAGGUUCCUGACAAAAGGACAACAGUGGAUUUGGCUUCAAACUCAUUACUAUAUUACUUAUCAUCAGUGGAAUUCAAGGCCAGAGUUUAUUGUCUGUACACACACUGUAGUAAGUUAUGCAGAAGUUAGGGCUGAACGACGACGAGAACUUGGUAUCAAGGAGUCUCUUCCUGAGAUAGCAGCUGAUAAAAGCCAAGACUCUGGAUCCGAUAAUCGUAUUAACACUGUUAGUCUCAAAGAAGCAUUAGAAAGAUUUGAUCACAGCCCAACUCCUUCUGCUUCAUCCAGGAGUUCGAGGAAGUCAUCUCAUACUGCAGUGUCAGAUCCUUCCUCAACACCAACAAAGAUUCCAACAGAUAAUAGCACUCCUCCCAGACAGCAUUUAUCUGGACAUGAAAAAAUAGCUCAAAGGAGGUCAUCACUAAGUAGUCAGUCCCUAAAUUCUCAAUCUGUUGGUCAGUCUUUAGCACAACCAGUGAUGUCUCAAACUGCAACUUUACAAAUUCAACAAGGAAUGUCACAGCCCAUGUUUCAGUUUUCAGCUCAGUUGGGAGCCAUGCAGCACCUAAAAGAUCAGCUGGAACAACGGACCCGGAUGAUAGAGGCAAAUAUUCACCGACAACAAGAAGAACUCAGAAAAAUCCAAGAACAGCUACAAAUGGUCCAUGGUCAAGGGCUACAAAUGUUUUUACAGCAAUCAUCCCCUGGAUUGAAUUUUGGUUCUGUUCAACUUUCUUCUGGAAAUUCAUCAAAUAUGCAACAACUUACACCUAUAAACAUGCAAAGUCAGGUUGUUCAGACUAAUCAGAUUCAAGGUGGAAUAAAUACUGGACAUAUUGGUUCUUCUCAGCACAUGAUGCAACAACAGACUUUACAAAGUCCAGCAACUCAGCAAACUCAGCCAAACAUUCUCAGUGGGCACAAUCAACAAACCUCUCUUUCCAAUCAGACUCAAAGCACGCUGGCUGCUCCACUGUACAACACUAUGGUCAUUUCUCAGCCUACAACAGGAAAUGUCGUCCAGAUUCCAUCUAGCAUGCCACACAACAACAACAACCAGAGUCCUGCAGUAACCACUUUCACUCAGGACAGACAGAUAAGAUUUUCUCAAGGUCAACAACUGGUGACCAAAUUAGUUACUGCUCCUGUAGCCUGUGGAGCAGUUAUGGUACCUAGUACUAUGUUUAUGGGUCAGGUCGUAACUGCCUAUCCCACUUUUGCUGCACAACAUCAGCAGCCACAGACAUUGUCAAUAACACAACAGCAACAGCAGCAGCAGCAACAGCAACAGCAGCAGCAACAGAGCCAGCAGGAACCACAGCUAACUACCAUUCAGCAGUCAUCUCAGGCUCAGCUGACUCAGCCACAACAGUUCUUACAGACUUCCAGGCUGCUUCAUGGAAAUCCUUCAACUCAGCUUAUCCUCUCUGCUGCUUUUCCACUACAACAGGGCACUCUGCCUCAGGCCCACCACCAGCAGCAUCAGUCUCAGCCACAGCUACUUAGCCGGCAUAGAACUGAUGGUUUGGCUGACCCUUCCAAAGCUCAACCACAGUAGCAAAUUUGCCCCUUUUCUGACAUUGAGGGCAAGGAGCGGCUGUUUGUAAAGAACUGCACUGAUGCUUCAAUGAUGACAGGAAAAACCUAGACCACAUGAGAUGCAGUGUUGGAAAUCUGUCGGGAGUGCGCUAUGGAAGUACACUAAGUACUAGCCAGCAGGAAGAUGAACAUGGGGAUGUGGCCAAUUCUGACCAUGUUAGGUGCCCAGACAUUUUUUUUUUUAAUAAAUAAGAAAUGAACAACCUGCCAAAUGUUAAUUUGCCCAAUGGAGUCUGAUCUAAAGUGAACCUGAGGGGCACUAACAAUGUUUAUUUCUAGUAAUUCUGUGCAUUUUAUCAAAUGUUACAGUGGACAUGCUGUUGCCACACCAGUGGUUGGAAUUUUGCUAAAAAAUGCCAUGAAGACAGUCCAGAAGACUUUGUACUUUUGUCAGGUGAUUAUGGGACAGUAAAUAUUUUCAGAAUGUUGUGUAGAUUCAAAUUCUCUGUUGUACAGAUGCUGUAAAAUAUUGUGUAUAUGUCUGGAUAAAGAGAGAGCGCGCAAAAUAUUUUAUAUGCUGCAUGGAAGCAUACUCUCUUCUUUGUAGGUUUGAAUACAUUUCCUUAAAUUCUUGCACCACAUUCAGACUAAUACAUCCCUUUUGUUCCCUUUUGUUUACAACACGAUACAUCGUUCUUUUCACUCUUUUCUGGGGCACAAGUCUAUUUGUAUUUUAUCUGUGAUGUCACAGUUUGUUCAAUGAGGUAUGAUGUGCUGCUGGGAGUGGAUUUUUUUUCAGGUUAAAUUAUUGAUGCAAUUGUUGGAACUGAUGGUCGUGCAACAGGGUUUUCAGGAUGUUCGGAAAUAUCCCUUGUUUCAUAAUUAUUCAAUUAUGUUUGAAAAUAGGAUUUGCACUGUUUUAUGUAUGUAGAUGGUUGGGAAUUUUACUCCCUGGAGUGAUCACAUCUUUUGAUAUAGUUCAUAGUUGGAAAUAUUUAUGUAAAAGUUUUAAAAAAUAAUUUCAAGAAUAUUUCAGCUAUAGGAGUAAUUUGCACAAAAUGUAUUUACAUUUUAGGCACUUUUUAACUUUCUCUGUGGUGGGAACUGUAACUUGUUAAAAUGUGUUGGAAAUCUUUUUAUUGUCUUUUACAACUUCGAUGUUUCUUUUAGUCAGAAAUGAUUCAGGGUUGUUUGGAAAAAAAGCCCCAUAGUGCCUUGAUCUUGAUUCAGGUGAUAAUGCCGACCAUUGUUUGAACUAUGUUGUCUUGAUUCUGUAGCAAUAUUACAGUUUUGAAGUCUUAGUACAGUUUUAACAAAAUUAGCAUGUUAACUCAUAUUGUUAUUAUUCUCCCAGGGAAGACUACUUUAUUUCGACUGGAGAUCAUGCAUCAUUUGAAAAAAAGUAACGCCUCUUUGUUUUCACAGUCAUUAAUAUUAUCCCAAAAUUCAGAGCUUUCCUAAAUGUAGGCUUAGCUGUUUUCAGACCAAAAUAUUUAUUUAAGAAUUGAGUAGUAAAUUGACUUGGUAUUAAUACAGUUUAAUAGAAAAAAAUUAGGAGGCAGGGUUUGGAUUCGUUGGAUACUAAACAAUUAAAAUAGUGUCUAGCGUGGUUUCUAACGUGAACUAAGACUUAAGAAGGCAACUUCAUUUUACAAAGAUAAUAAAAAAUUCCAACAGAAGAAAAUAUACUUUAAAAAACACUCUACAGAAGAGAUUGUGUUAUGGUACUUGUAGUUAAGUCCGCAUUUACAGAGGAAAAAAAUAAUGCCGAGGAGGUCUUAUUAGGAUAUUUGAAAUUGCCAAAACCCCACCCCACCCCCAGUGAUUGACAUAGCAGUUAUUGGUAAAUAGAUUUUUUUCCUAAGAAAAUAACUGAACAUGUAAUGCUAGAUAACUAAGGUUAAAAUUGAACCCUAAGGCUUUUUAAAGAUCCACCAUGGCAGAAACAUUGUUAUUAUUCUUAAGGGUUAUACUUUUAGCUUUUCAUUGACUUGCAUCCAACCAGGAACUAGUACUUAAAAACCACAAUGGAAAAGGAAAGUAGAAAUGAAAAAUAAAGAACCAAAGAAAGGUAGGACCUGUUUUUGUAAAAAGGAGCAGGACCAGAUACCAAUAUUUAACAUAUCAAGAAUCCCUUUUCAAGCUGUUUAGUUUUUCAGAAGAGAUCUGUUAUUCUCAUGAAUGAAAACUAGUUUUCACCCUGAUGUCUGUAUUUGAAUAUAACUAUAUAUAAACAAAACUGGUGGUUUAGAAUGUCCAAAAUUAGAUAUUACUUCCCCCUCACCUCAGAUUGCCUUGUUAAAAUUGUUAUACCAUUCCACAUACAUUGAUCUGAAAUCAGGCUUCAUCUUUUAGAGGUCUUUGCUGAUAAAGAUGAGAUAAAUGCGUGGACUGAUUUAAGGCACACCUGGUAACUCUGAGCAAGCACCUGUCUUUAAAAGAAAAACCGAUUGACCUCUGAAUCCUACAGAUUCAGCUUGAUACAAUCAAAAUGAAGCAGGAGACUCCACUCUUAGCCAAGGAGUUAGUAAAUCUAAGUACCGUAUUUAUUCACAUUCUCCCUUACCCUGCCUUAAAUAGUUCCUCCCCAAUACUUAUUUUGAGUAGAAAAUCAAGAGAAAUUAUUCCAUUGUAUAAUUCCCACUCCUCUCUUCCAAACUCUCUCUUGCUUUGAAGUAACAGCCACUGAAAUGAAAUACCUGGUUGCUUUCCAUUGACCAGGGUGGUGUAAGAAAACUAGUCUGAAUCCAGCUGCCACUUAUUCUCUACCCCUUAAUUUAUCUCUCAUUCUCUCCUAUCUACCUCCCUUGGUCUAGGUAGACAAGUUUCUAAUGUACUUCCAACUUCAUGGAGGGUGAAGGUGUCAGGUAAAGGUCUAAUACCAGCUGCCUGGUUCUUAAACUCAAUAUACCCCUUAAAAGGAAAGAUCACAAAUUAAAAUGGUACCUUUUAGAGUCUGGACAAUCCUUUCUUCCACCAAAUCCUCCCUCUCAAACAUAUCUGAAAAAAGCUUUUGACAGUAAACAGCACUUUUAAAGAACAAUAGAGGAUGAAGGGAAAAUGUUAGGAGCUCUAGUUGCAGUUCUGUGUGUGUGGAUGUGUCUUGUGCUUUAGCACACGAGGAGAGAAUUUCAAAGAGUAAUCAACAUUGCAGGGAGUGAUGGUCCAUUGGAACCCAGAUACUCAUUCUUCUAUUUUAGAGCCAACAAUCUGAAGGGGAAAAUGAGAUUAUGUAGUGAUAAUUGUGACGAUUCAUUACUGUCUUUGUACCAUCUCAUCUGAUGAAGAUAGUAAUCCUUUGUCUAUUAACCGAAUGUGUACAAGAAUGCACUGUUAAUAAUCGGACACCAAGGCAAUCUGCUGUUUUUAGAUAUAGAAACUUGGAGCAGAAUGUAUUAAAAAUGAUACGUGGGUCUCUCGUAUGAUAUUGUGGGCAUGUGCCUUAAGGGUUCCGUUGUCCUUUGAGCUAUACUAAGGGCUCUGUUGUUCAGAGAUCUGAAACAAAAAGCCUUAGGGAAGAGCACUUAAAAUGGAAUUGUUUCCCCUGCUGAGUACUUAUGGAGAAAGAUUCCAUGUAACUGGAAAGUCAUUCAAGACAUUUAGAACACUUCUGCCAUAGCUAGGCAAACUUUGUUUUCCAAAUUAUAGAAAUCAUAUGAUAUUCUACCCGACACCCAUUUUCUAUCUUUUUUUUUUUUUGUCCUACACUUUCAUUAGUGACUUUGAAUGUAUGGGUAAGCAUAUUUUGCUUGUGUCAAACUCAUUCAAGUAUAUCGCCUCUCCAAUGUCUAUGACCCUGCUUAUCAGUCCCAUGGAAGUAAUAAUGUUGGAAGGUACAAACACUGGAUAUUAACAUUGCUGAAGUGAGUCUGACAAGGAAGCUGGAGCACUAGAAUAAGAAUUGUGGAAAGGAAAUUGCACAAAGGCACUUAUCCAUUUUAAGGAAGAUUAGAUGAAAAUGUGCAUUUUUUUUGGUUUGAAUUGGGUAAAAACUUUCUGAACUGAGCUCCUAAAGUCAUUGCAAAAGAAAAGAAAUAUAAAUAUUUUUAUAGUAUAUUUAAUAUAUAUUUGUAUAUAACUGUAAAAGUAGGAGCCCUUCACAUGCCUUCCAUUUUAAUCUAGUUUACUUUUGCCAUAGCGCUUAGUGUUUUCCCAUCUGUAUAGGUAAUGUGCCUACUGUCAGCUUACCAAAAGAUAGUAUUGCUGCUUUCUGGGACAGGUGAGAAUCAAUUUCUCAUGCCUGGGGAUCCUUUUACAUGGGGAAUAAUGACAAACCCUUUAAAAACUCAAGUCUAGUACUGUCUAAAAACAUUAUCUGGAUAUAUCAUGAGCACUUUAUUGCAAUUACUCAUUUUAACAAACAGUUUAUCAUUACCGAUGUUAUUCCCAAAGGGCCCCCAAAUCAUCAUUUGAAUAAUAAAGUCAAGCAUUUCUGGUCUUAAGCAUUUAGACCCAGUGACCUUAGGUUUGUGGGAGUGAUUUUAAAGUGUCAAAAACCACUUGGCUUUGUUAAUUGUUUUUUAAAUGUUGAAGGAAUUGUUUGUAGGUGAAUAGUUCCAUUUAGAGAUAUUCAUAAAGUUGUGUUGCCUUUUGUGUGGCCACCAAAAAAACCCCCCAAAACAGACCAAUGAGCCUGUUUAUAGUUUUCAGAGGUCUAGAAAAAUUUGCUUCUUAGGGGUGUAUGUAGAUCUAAUGUUCAGUGAAUUGGUAGUAGCAAAUCCUAGAAUGUAAGUUUUAAGAAGCAAACCAAAAUGAUCAGUUUUAAAUGUUGUGUCCUGCAGUGUUGGCAGACCAUUUUAGGGUCUCCUUUUAAUUGUUCUUCAAACAGUUCUGUACUAGAAAAACUGGGGAAAUGGCUGCUUUGGACAAGAUUGGAGAAAAAUCUGUCAUUCUAUCUUAACAUUGUCUCCCUUGGAAAAACUGGAAACAACUGAAAUGUGUUGAGAUGGUUAUUGCAGGAUAUUAGAAACUGAGUGUUGACUAAUUCAGAAGAAAUGAAUCAAACUUGGACAUUAAAAAAAAAUUCAAACAGCUUGUUCACAGAAAUUUUGGAAGUUUCAUGUCCUAACUUAACACUACAUUCCUUACUUUUCUUAAAUAAAAUAGUAAUUUAAAGGUUCUGUGAUGUUUUCAGUGCUUUAUGCUUUGUUAGUUGCCUGGGUUUCCCCAGCCUGAUGCUCCUUUAGUGAAAUAAAAUAUUAUUUGUAAAGAAAAUAUUACAUAAGAAACCCUUACCCACCAGCAAACACUGAGAGGUGCUGCACUGAGACAAUCAAAAUAGUAUUUAUAAAUUAUUUAGAAAAUGAUUUUAAAGGAAUAAUUGCUUUGAAAGCACUUGUGAUUUAUUAAGAGGCUAAAAGUAUUUAUUUUAAAAUAUGUGUUAAAUUUCUUAUUAAAGUGAUUUCUGUAUCAUUUUUUUGUUUGCUUUUGGAUUGGCAUAAAGAAAUCCUUUCAUUUUGGGCCCCUGCUACUUAUCACUUUCAUGGGCAUCUGUGGUUUUCCUUACAUAGACCAGCAGUGAAGGAACUAUAAUCCUGCAUCUAAAAUAUAACAAAAAUAUCUCAUUGCCCUACUGCACUUAACUGGUUUUUAAAAAUCAGAAUAAAGGUAACUCCUUCAAAAAAUUUAUUUCACUUGUUGCCUUUUCUAUUCUGUAGGGCUUACUUGUUCAAGGUUUUAGUUUUUUGUAAAAUGAUAAAAAGCACUUUAUUUGUAAUUCCUUUCCUAAUGCAGCCAAAGAGUGCACAGAAGCCGUGGCACAUUUUGCCCACUAGUCUGUCUGCUUUUUGAACUGUUGAGAAAAUGACCAGUAUCUUUUAAUGGUUAUGAUACCACUAUAUCCCAGGAGGCACAGUAGAAGUGGUACAAUCUCUGUUGCAUAAUAAAGUCAUUAAAUGCCUUCAUAUGUUGAUGUUGGUCAAUCCUCCUGAACCUGGAAACCCCACCCACCCAAUCUCCCAUUAUUUUGUCUCCAUUCAUAGCACGGUCUGAUGAAGUGUUAUUUGGACAAUUGAAGCGGGUAGGGAGUUUUGAUAAAUAUUGUUUCAGGUGGAUGUAGGAUAUAUAGUUUAGAUAUACCAGAGGAGUCUCCUGAGUUCUGGAUGUCAAAAUACGGCACACUGACUUUUGGUAAUGUAAAAAAUUGUCUUUGACUUGAUGGGUUAAAGUUGAAUAUGUGAUAAACAUACUUUUAAAUUUUCUAGGCAAACAAACUGUGACAUCACUUGAAGGGUGACAUUGUUUGAAUGUUCUCUGUUUGUGCUUGAGUUAAGACUACUGGUGCAGGUUCAUUGCUGGCAAUGUUUGCACCAAAAUACCUAGCACUAAAGAGUUAUUAUAGGGGAAGCUCUGUAAAUGUUUUAUCUUGAAAUCCUUGUCCCCCACCCAAUGAUGUUGUUAACUAGACUGAUUUUUUUAACAAAAUUGUCGGAAAAUAUCUAUUUUAUUUUUCCACAGAUGCCAACCAAAACAGGUGGAAUUUAGACCACUGCUAGAACUAUUUUCAAAUGCAUUUUACUAUGGUAUACAUUUGAAAAGGACCUCAGCAGCAAGAAAAUUAACUCCAUGUUCACUUUAUAUAAAAAUUAAAGCCCAAAGACAAAUUAAAUUGAUGCUGUUCUGGAUACAAACUUAAGACAAACAUGUUUAUCUCUGUAAAUUUGUAAUUGUUAACAUCUGCUGGUAGUUGUAACAAGAAUAAGAAUUUUCUGGAGUUUUGUGUAGUUCUUAGUGUGUCUCUGUCCUAUUACUCCUGUUCCUCUUACUUGAUUCUUGAUCUGAAUUACAUAAAAAUAUGCCUCAAUUUUACAGGGGUUAAUCACCAGAUUAUUAAAUAGACAAAAUUUUACUUUCAAAAGGGACUGCUGAAUGAAUCUUUGGUCUAAAAUAUUUAGAUAAUGAUGGCUAUUUUUUUUUUAUGUAUAGCUACUUAACGUGUUUUGCCAAAAACGAUUCUACACUGCACUCAAGCAUGAGGGCUAAAGAAUGGUUUCAGUGGUACUGUGUUAGAAUCUCUGUGUAGUUGCAGACCCUGUAGCAUUAUUCUACUUAAGUCAAAUGGUAACUUCUCAAGAGUACCCUACUGCCUCGGCUACUAAAUUAAGGGGAUAUAGUACAUGAGGCACACACCAUUUUAAUUUUGUUCCAUGAAGUUUUGUCAAUUUAGUGUUGCCUUUUGUGCUUUAGUAUUAGAGCUGCUUGUGCUGGUUUUCUGGCAACACUCCUACAUGUAAUUGUUUGAAAAGGCAAGUUAGCUUACUGUCUUUUGUUACGUGGCCCAAAAAGUCCUAUAGGCUACACUAUUGUUUUGCCAAGUUAUCCUUAGGAAUUUGUGUAAAGCUUUAAAAACAAACCUGUACUACUAACAAUGCAUUCUCCCUUAGAAUACUGUAUUCAGAACUUUAGCAAAAGAGCCAAACAGUAGCAUGUUUUUCUCUUGAUGUAAAACAACCUUUUGUUUUAUUCAAUUUUGAAAAUAAAAACAAUACCUCAAUGCUAAUGUUUUUAAAUGUCACCUAUAUUUGAUAUAAAUUACUGUGUUUAUCUGGCACAGAACUAGACGAAUUAAAUAUUUUCAGAAUUACCGACAGUGACCUCUCCCUUUAUUUAUAUUCAUCUUAACUAGCUGAA